UAACCCAUGCUCUUAUAAAUAUCAGCACACCAAACCAAACACCCUAUUCUCUCUCACAUCCACCGCACUACUCAGAUCCAUACGUCUCUGUAGAUUCAUUUUUCUUCUGCAAAGGGAGAAACCAACAAACCCUCGCUCUUCUUCUUCAUCCAUGGCGAACCAACCUGAAUCAUCUGAUCCGAAGGGAACGAAGAGAGAUUUCAGCACUGCGAUUCUUGAGCGGAAGAAGGCGCCGAAUCGGCUUGUUGUUGACGAGGCCGUCAACGAUGACAACUCCGUUGUCGCGCUUCACCCGGACACCAUGGAGAAGCUCCAGCUCUUUCGUGGUGACACCAUCUUGAUCAAGGGAAAGACACAAUCUGUAUUGCACUUGCUGAUGACACAUGUGAGGAACCAAAAAUAAGGAUGAACAAGGUUGUGAGAAACAACCUUAGGGUUAGGCUUGGAGAUGUCGUCUCUGUGCAUCAAUGUGCUGAUGUCAAGUAUGGAAAGAGAGUCCACAUUCUUCCCGUUGACGACACUGUUGAAGGAGUAACAGGGAAUCUCUUUGAUGCAUAUUUAAAACCUUAUUUCCUGGAGGCAUAUCGUCCAGUGAGGAAGGGUGACCUCUUUCUCGUGAGAGGAGGGAUGAGAAGUGUUGAGUUCAAGGUUAUUGAAACUGACCCAUCUGAGUACUGUGUUGUUGCUCCAGACACAGAGAUCUUCUGUGAAGGGGAACCCGUUAAAAGGGAAGAUGAGAACAGAUUAGACGAGGUUGGUUAUGAUGAUGUUGGUGGUGUAAGAAAGCAGAUGGCACAGAUUCGGGAACUAGUGGAGCUGCCACUGAGGCACCCACAAUUGUUCAAGUCUAUUGGUGUUAAGCCACCAAAAGGAAUUCUGCUGUAUGGACCUCCUGGGUCUGGCAAGACUUUAAUUGCCCGAGCAGUUGCGAAUGAGACUGGUGCUUUCUUUUUCUGCAUCAAUGGCCCUGAGAUCAUGUCAAAACUGGCUGGUGAGAGUGAAAGCAAUCUAAGAAAGGCAUUUGAGGAAGCAGAGAAGAAUGCACCUUCAAUCAUAUUCAUUGAUGAGAUAGAUUCAAUAGCUCCAAAGAGGGAGAAGACUCAUGGAGAAGUUGAGAGGAGGAUUGUUUCCCAACUCUUGACCCUCAUGGAUGGCCUUAAAUCUCGUGCACAUGUAAUUGUUAUUGGAGCUACAAAUCGCCCGAAUAGCAUUGACCCUGCUCUUAGGAGGUUUGGAAGAUUUGACAGGGAGAUAGAUAUUGGUGUUCCAGAUGAAGUUGGGCGUCUUGAAGUUCUUCGUAUUCACACAAAGAAUAUGAAACUUUCUGAAGAUGUUGAUUUGGAGAAGAUUGCUAAGGACACCCAUGGAUAUGUUGGUGCUGAUCUUGCUGCUUUGUGUACUGAAGCUGCACUUCAAUGCAUCAGAGAGAAAAUGGAUGUGAUUGACUUGGAAGAUGAAUCAAUUGAUGCUGAGAUAUUGAACUCAAUGGCAGUAACAAAUGAGCACUUCUCAACUGCUCUUGGCUCAAGCAAUCCUUCUGCUCUCCGUGAAACAGUUGUUGAAGUGCCCAAUGUCAGCUGGGAAGAUAUUGGUGGUCUCGAAAACGUUAAGAGAGAACUCCAAGAGACUGUUCAAUAUCCAGUGGAACACCCUGAAAAGUUUGAGAAGUUUGGGAUGUCACCUUCAAAGGGUGUCCUUUUCUAUGGUCCUCCUGGUUGUGGUAAAACGCUUUUGGCAAAGGCGAUUGCCAACGAAUGUCAGGCAAACUUCAUCAGUGUCAAGGGUCCAGAGCUACUCACAAUGUGGUUUGGAGAAAGUGAGGCUAAUGUGAGGGAAAUUUUUGACAAGGCUCGUGGUUCUGCUCCAUGUGUCCUAUUCUUCGAUGAACUUGACUCUAUUGCAACUCAGAGAGGUAGCAGUGUUGGGGAUGCCGGUGGUGCUGCUGAUAGGGUUUUGAAUCAACUUCUUACUGAAAUGGAUGGGAUGUCAGCAAAGAAAACUGUCUUCAUAAUUGGUGCCACCAAUCGACCAGACAUCAUAGACCCUGCUCUUCUACGUCCUGGCCGUCUAGAUCAGUUGAUUUAUAUCCCUCUCCCAGAUGAGGAUUCACGUCAUCAGAUAUUUAAAGCUUGCUUGAGAAAAUCCCCCAUCUCAAAAGAUGUUGACCUUAGAGCUCUUGCGAAGUACACUCAAGGUUUUAGUGGUGCUGAUAUCACUGAGAUUUGCCAGCGUGCAUGCAAGUAUGCCAUAAGAGAAAAUAUUGAGAAGGACAUUGAGAGAGAAAGGAGGAGAAGGGACAACCCAGAGGCAAUGGAAGAGGAUGUUGAAGACGAAGUGGCAGAAAUCAAGGCAGCUCAUUUUGAGGAGUCUAUGAAGUAUGCACGAAGGAGUGUUAGCGAUGCCGACAUUCGCAAGUACCAGGCAUUUGCCCAAACAUUGCAGCAGUCAAGAGGUUUUGGAACCGAGUUUAGGUUCGCAGAUACUACCUCUGGUGGUACCGCAGCGGCAUCGGAUCCAUUUGCAUCUGCUGGGGGAGCUGAUGAAGAUGAUCUUUACAGUUAGGUUUAUUUGGUUUGUUUCAAUUUACUAAUGAAUACCAGUGCUAUCAUUUAUGGUGGACUUCAUCUGGAUUAUUGUGUCAUGUCAUGGUAAAAAGGCAUUGGUUCAUAUGGCCGGCAUUUUUUUGUGCGGAGCCCCCUUAAAAUUGGAAGGGAUUAGUACGAAGUUUAUUCUGCAACUCCGCAUCUUUUGAAACUAUUGUGCUCUGUUCUAAAUUAUCAAAACACCUUAUAUGAAGACGAUUUCACAGAUUUACACCUCA